AGUGAGCGAAGCAAAAGCCAAAGCUAACACAAGGCGUCCAAGCAACCGUUUCCGUCGCGUGGUCGCGUCCCCUCUCCUGCUUCCGCUCUGCUCUGCUCUGGUCGUCUCCUCCUCCCUACUCCGCCACCGACCCGAUGGAUCGCGCCGAUCCCGCGCGCGCCCGCCUCGCGGUGCUCUCUUCCCACCUCCUCCGCACCGGCGCGGACCCCGCGGCGGUGCUGGAGCGGUCGCCCGUGUCGGCCGCGCAGGCCACGCCCCCGGGGACCCGCGCCGGCGCGCUCUCCGUGCUCGACACAAGGACGGGGAAGCGGUACGAGGUCAAGGUAUCUGAGGACGGCACCGUGCGCGCCACUGACUUCAAGAAGAUUACCACCGGAGAAGAUGACAAGGGUCUUAAGACUUAUGAUCCUGGUUAUCUCAACACCGCCCCGGUGCGUUCUUCCAUCUGCUACAUUGAUGGGGAUGAGGGUAUUCUUCGCUACAGGGGUUAUCCGAUUGAGGAGGUGGCCGAAAGCAGUUCAUUUGUUGAGGUUGCCUACCUCUUAAUGUAUGGAAAUUUGCCUACUCAGAGCCAACUAGCAGGCUGGGAGUUCGCAAUUUCUCAGCACUCUGCUGUCCCUCAAGGACUCUUGGAUAUUAUACAAGCAAUGCCUCAUGAUGCUCACCCCAUGGGUGUCCUUGCCAGUGCAAUGAGCACACUUUCGGUCUUCCAUCCAGACGCAAACCCUGCUCUUAGAGGUCAAGAUUUGUACAAGUCGAAGCAGGUUAGGGAUAAGCAAAUUGUACGAGUUCUCGGGAAGGCACCAGCAAUAGCAGCUGCAGCCUACUUGAGAUUAGCAGGACGGCCUCCCGUCCUUCCUUCAAAUAAUCUUUCUUAUUCAGAGAAUUUCUUGUAUAUGCUGGACUCUUUGGGUAACAAAGAAUAUAAGCCAAAUCCCCGACUUGCUCGGGUUCUAGAUAUCCUUUUUAUUCUUCAUGCUGAACACGAAAUGAACUGCUCAACAGCUGCUGUUAGGCAUCUUGCUUCCAGUGGUGUGGAUGUCUUCACUGCUCUUUCUGGUGCUGUUGGAGCCCUAUAUGGCCCACUGCAUGGUGGCGCAAAUGAGGCGGUACUUAAAAUGUUAAAUGAGAUUGGAAGUGUGGAGAGUAUUCCAGAUUUCAUCGAGGGAGUGAAGAACAGGAAAAGAAAGAUGUCAGGUUUUGGGCACCGUGUGUAUAAGAAUUAUGACCCUCGUGCUAAAGUCAUCCGGAAGUUAGCAGAGGAGGUUUUCUCGAUUGUGGGACGGGAUCCUCUUAUAGAGGUUGCUGUUGCUUUGGAGAAGGCAGCACUGUCAGACGAGUACUUUAUUAAGAGAAAGCUGUAUCCAAAUGUGGAUUUCUACUCUGGCCUAAUAUAUAGGGCAAUGGGAUUCCCUACAGAAUUUUUCCCUGUUCUGUUUGCAAUUCCUCGCAUGGCUGGUUGGUUAGCACAUUGGAAGGAGUCACUUGAUGACCCUGACAAUAAAAUUAUGAGGCCCCAACAGGUAUAUACGGGUGUUUGGCUGAGGCAUUACACCCCUGUCAGAGAACGAGUGCCAUCUAGCCAGAGCGAGCAACUUGGUCAGAUCGCUACAUCAAACGCAACGAGGCGCCGACGUGCAGGUUCUGCCCUGUAGAAGUAUGCAUGAUACAACAUCGCGCCUACACAAUAAACCAAGCUGUCAUCCUUAAUGCUCACAAGGCCACGGCUGCUUGAACCUGGGAGCUGUCAUCCUUCUGUUAUCGGUACAGGUAAUAAUUGUCAACAGGACACUUCGCUGUUGUCAUGUAAAGUUGGAGCAGGAGGGACGUGUGUUAUCCUACGUACAUUAUACAGACUGUAUUUCGAAUUUCAUAAGCAUGGAAAAGGAAAAGAUAUACCGAGCUGUUUGCUUCUUGCUUUACAUAAGCAGCGCUUGCAGAUUUUC